AUGACUACUCUAGUCUUUUGGAGAUUAUGUUAUGUCUUCUACACUUUUCUUCAUCGCCCACCUAUCCUCUCUACGCCCUCUAUCUUCGUUCAACACAGUUACUAGCUGAUCGGUUAGGUGAGGUUCUGGUGUCCCUGCACGGCCCCGGGACGUUAGCUAAAUUACCUUCUCGAAUUCCUCAGACUUUAUCCUCAGUCUACAGGCUGUUUCCUCAUUUGAGGGAUCACGUUCCGGCCCCUCUCGUGGCCGUCACAGUAGUGAGGAGGAACUUUUGGAGGUUUGGGGUGGCCAUCACUCCCCCCCGGCCCCCUCCAGUUCCUUCCGGUCCCCCUCUCGUGUAACGGGUAUUCUGUUGAUCCGUUGCCUCCUGUGUCGGGGGUGGCUAGUGUUGUUGCGGAAAUUGCGUCGCCUCCAAAUGUGGCAGUGUCUGUGGCUGAGCCACCGCCUUCUUGUGGCAAAGUAUAUUUCGCUGUGCCUACCCUGCGGUAAAGGAAGGGAAGAGGUCCGAGAAGCACCGGACGAGGAGAGAUUCGACGGCCCUGUUGUCUUGGAAGAUUCGGUCAGCGAACCUAGUGAUAAUUUGAGCAGGAUGGAAGAGGGGGGUGGUUAAGGGGGGCUCACGGGGAAGCCACAAGAGGGUAUACUCGCUACUGUUGGGGAGGUGGUUUGGGGUGUUUUUUUGGCUCAUUUUGUGAAUAUUUUUUACUAUCAAGGGAUAAAAGAAGGAUGGAAGGAGUAUGGGGAAUCGUAUACGGUCAUUCGACUUCAUCUCCGGCA